AUGUGUACAAGCCUUCACUAUUUAAGCACACCUCCAGUUUCAGACCUGACUGAAAAUGUGAAUAGCAGGCCGCCACCGGAGAGGGGAUUGGGUACCAAAGAAUCCAUUCUUUACACUCGUCGGAAAACAGGAAGUGAUGAAACUCAGGGGACAAAGCUCAUUUCUAGUACUUCCAAACCCAGUUUCCAGAUGAAAGUGCCUGGAGAGGUGGAUCUUCUCAUAUGCAUGAAGUCACACCAAGUGGUAUACGCAAAAGACCUGGAGACUAUGGCCACUGAGCAAGAAUUUGCUACAGUGAUCAUCAUCAUCACAGUCCUAACUUUUCUACUGUUUUUCAAAUCUCUUCUGGCCUACACUGACCAACCUGGUUCCAGGUUGCACCAAUGUGCAGAUAGGCUGGCCAGGCCACCUUCGGCAGAGGCGGCGGGGCUGAGCCGCGCAGGGGCUGGGGUUAGGACCGGCCUCGGCCUCUGCGCUCCCUGCCCGGGCGUCGCCUCCCCUCGCCGGGCCGCAGCUCCAAUAGGCCGCGCCGGGCGAUCGCCGCACCUCGCUGGGGACCGGAGAGGAGGGCGCGGCGGGGCCCGCACAGGCCCGGCGGCGGCGGCCACCCGGUGCCCGGAGGAGCCGCUGUCCACCGCUGAAGCUCGGGGCGAGGGCACGGCGCUGCCCGCCUGGAUGCGCCUCUACUUCUACGGGAUGCACGGCGUCGCCCUGGACGUGCUGGUGUCCUGGGCGCGGGGCUUCGCGCGCAGCCCGGACCCGCGGAUGCUCGGCUUCUCCUCGCCCUACCGCUGCCUGCUGCACUCGCUCACGCACCUGGCGCUCGAGCGGCUCUACCUGCAGCGGCCGCGCUGCCCCAGCGCCGGCGUCUUCGAUUUCCUGCUCUUCCCCUCGGCCCACGUGGGGCUGCAGACCCUGGCGGGCCAGGCGCCGCUGCUGGGCCCGGGAGGCGGCGGGGAGCCGGGGCCGCUGGACCUGGCGCUGGCGCUGGCCCUGCACUACGCGCUGGCGCUCUACCACUGCCAAGUCUUCCUGAAGCGGUUCCUGCGCCUGCGAUACCGGAGGUACCGGCGACCCCGGCCGCCGCCGCCCAGUGACAGCGGGAGACGACGUCCGCGGGGUCCCGGCGGCCCCGGGGGAGCCCCGGGCCAGGGCCUGCCCGACCUGCCGCGCUUCCUUUUCUUCGGGAUGCAUGGUUUCCUGGAUGAGAUCUUCUUCACUUUCUUCUUCAACGUGCUGGGCCCGGGGGGCAGGGUCACCACCAGCGGCCACACGUCGCUCUGGUCCUUCUUGAUGUACGGCAGCUGCAGCUUCGUGGUGGAGAAGCUCUACUUCCACCUGCACUACCGCCGCGGGUGGGGCGCGUGGAGGCGGGUGCCCCUCUACGUGGUUGUCAUCUACGUGUGGGAGCUGACCUGGGGGCUGGGGCUUCGCGCCUGGGGGGCUUGUUCCUGGGAUUACUCGCACUAUCCACUCAAUUUCAUGGGCCUCAUCACCCUGAUGUAUUUACCCGGUUGGAUUUUCCUUAGCCUGUACCAGGACCUCCUCUCCAACGUGUUGUGGCAGCUGCACUAUGUUGCAGCUAAAUGAGACCAAAGGGCGAGAAGGAAGGAGAGGAAAAGUCCACGGAAUCGCAGGAGUGAAGAUAGGCCAUUUUCACACGUCGGACACGGAGUGCAUGUCGUUUAAAAUCUUUGCGUGUUUUUUUUUAAUACACUUUGCUAAACACUUCUGAUAUGUUUCAUUGACUUUUUCUUUUUCCUCUCCUGACUCUUUGGAGCCUGUAGGUAGAAAAAAAAAAGUACUUUGAAACAGUGCUCGAACAUAACUGAAGUAUUUUAUUCAUCAGGAAUUGUACAAGCUUUACAAGCUCUAACAGCAAAACCAUUAGACCUUAAUGUGGGAAAGCUGUAGUAUCUAUGAUACUACAGGACAUAAGUGGAUGAUAGCUAAUUUUUAUUUAAGUUCUUUAAUUAAUUUUUAUAUAGUUCUUCAAAUCAGAGAGCAGUGAUUUUUUUACAAGAUUCAGUGGCUUUUUUAACUUAUGAGUUGCUUUUUUUUUAAUUAAUUUCAUUUUAAUGCUUGGACACAUUUACCACUUCUUAUAUUUAUGAACUGCUGUUAUUAAGGGCAGUUCGAAGCUCCUAAAGUGCCUCUGCCUAACACACAAGUGAAAAAAAACUGGCAAAUAUGAAAUAAAUGAACAAACCUCCUAUGAUUACACUGUUGAAAGAGAUAUCCUUUUUCAAUACUCUACCAGGUGACACUGUGUAAAGAUAAUUGACAACUGUUCCAGAAAUGGUUGCUUUCCGAUGUCAGCCUUAAACCCCAAGUGUGUUCCUGCAGAUCAGAUCCUGUGUUAUCUAUGGCUGUAAACUUUUGUUACUGUGCAAUACCAUAAAAUGUUUACCCUAGAUGUCCCAGGAUCAAGCUAAGCUAUACAUCUUCAAGAGUGUUUUAAUUCUAAGAACUCUCUCUACAUGGAGCUUUGGACAUAGGAAAAACAGUACCAGUAACUUGGAAUGGAAUGAAAUGAACCUGGAGGCUCACUCCAAUGAGGUGAAUCCUAAUUGUAUACAUCUUCAAGGGUGUUUUAAUUCUAAGAACUCUCUCUACAUGGAGCUUUGGACAUAGGAAAAACAGUACCAGUAACUUGGAAUGGAAUGAAAUUAACCUGGAGACUCCUAAUUGUUUUCUUCUGUGAUUACAGAUAGGCAUCUAAAGCAUAUUUAUGCCUUGUUCUUUGAGGCCCAGAGUUUUAGGGUCAUGAUGUGAUAAGACAUAUUAUAAAUCAGUGAGAACUUUUUGGUGAUUAUUAAUGUCUGGAAACUCCAAAGGUAAAUGAGAUAAUGGAACUAACUUUUAAUCAUGUCUAAUUAAUAAUGUACUUUGAGACUGUCUGCUGUUUUUAUUAUAUUUAGAAAAGCAAGUAGGAUUAGUAUGGCUCAGGUUAAGAUGACUAAUACCUUCUCGGCUUUCCUUACAAAGAAAAUUAGGAAAACUUUCCAUGUGGAUUAAUUAGUGAUUAGGUCUUUAUUCAAACCAUUUACUCCCUUUUGCUGUCAAAUAAGAUGUUUUUCUGUUUCCAAAAACUGUUUGCACCAGAUGUCAGUGGCUUAUUCCUGUAAUCCUAGUAACUAAGGAGGCUGAGAUCUGAGGAUUGAGGUUC